AUGUCGAUUCGGUCCUUCAAGGCCAUAGAGAUGAUCAAAGAGUAUCUACUCUUUAAUCGCCUAUGGGAGCAGCCGGCCACACCAUCGGAUCGUUUCUCGGGCUUGGAGGGUAAAGUCUUUGUCUUUCCCAAAGAAACCAACACAUCUCAUGUCAUUUUAAGACCUACAAUUACACAGCCAUUGAGUAAGGUCAGCGUCUGUCUACGUUCUUAUACCGACCUUUCCCGCCAUUAUACUACCUUCUCUCUCGCUACUCCCGAGAAGGACAAUGCCUUUCUCUUCUACUUACAGCCACCAAACACUUUUUCUAUGAGUGUCAACCAGGAAGACACUUAUUUUAAAACAGACUCAGAGACUUUGGGCUGGAGGCACACUUGUGUGAUCUGGGACUCCGACACCGGAGUGGUCCAGCUUUGGGUCAACGGGAAACCCUACCCCAGAAAGGUCUCCAUGAAAGGGUCUUCUAUCGCAGCUAAGACCAGCAUUGUUCUUGGACAGGACCAAGAUUCUUUUGGUGGAAAGUUUGAAUCUAAGCAGUCAUUGGUUGGUGAAAUAAGUGAUGUCCACAUGUGGGAUUAUGUCCUGACUCCAGAAGAUGUACAGAAGGCCUAUUAUUGUGACUUCCAUGGAAAUGUCAUUAAUUGGAAGUCUCUAGUCUAUGAAAUCAAAGGGGAUGUUCUUAUCCAGCCCAAACUGUAAUGUCUGUCUAUCGGCUUAUAAUACACACCUUGAGGUUGAUUUACUAAAGGCAAAGAAGCUGUUUAUGUUGCAAGGGAAUUUUCCUUAGUGUAUGAGGUGCAUCUCUGCUGACAUCCAUCAUUUGGUUUAGAACACAUCUGUGUGACCUGGAACUCCGACACUGGAGCAGAGGCAUACCUAGGGUCUCCAGCGCCCUUGGCGAGAAUCUGUAUCGGCGCCCCCCCCCCGGCACCCCC